AUGUGGGUGUUUCACAGGUCCCCCCACCCGUGCCUGGCUCUAGAGGCUGUCGAGGCAACUGACAGGGACGUGGUUAAACCAGGGCAUGUGGAAAUGUUGGAGAGGAGGCCACAAAGAGAAAAGCCAUUUAUUUCUCUUCAGAAAUCAGUCAGUCCUCAGGAGCUGCAGGACUGGCUGACAAAAUUUGGAUACCUGCCUCCUCCAGAUCCUGUCACAGGACAGCUGCAGACCCAGGAGGAGCUCACCAAGGCCAUCACAGCCAUGCAGCAGUUCGGGGGGCUGGAGGCAACGGGCGUCCUGGAUGAAGCCACACUGGAGCUGAUGAAGACCCCUCGCUGCUCGCUGCCCGACUUGGCCACCGCGCCGGCCAGGAGGAGGAGACACACACAGGCUGUCACCAAGUGGAGCAAAAGGAACUUGUCUUGGAGAGUUCGCACCUUCCCCAAGGAGUCCCACCUGGGCCACGACACAGUCCGAGCCCUGAUGUACUAUGCCCUGAAGGUCUGGAGUGACAUUACCCCACUGAACUUCCAUGAAGUGGCAGGUAACAACGCUGACAUCCAGAUAGACUUCUCCAAGGCAGAUCACAAUGAUGGCUAUCCCUUUGAUGGACCUGGUGGGACAGUGGCACAUGCUUUCUUCCCUGGAGAGCAUCACACAGCAGGAGACACCCAUUUCGACGAUGAUGAGUAUUGGACCUUCCGAUCAUCAGAUGCUCACGGGAUGGACCUAUUUGCUGUGGCCGUCCAUGAGUUUGGCCAUGCCAUUGGCUUGACCCACAUCUCUGCCAUAGAGUCCAUCAUGAGACCUUACUACCAAGGCCCAGUGGGGGAUCCCCUGAAGUAUGACCUGCCUUAUGAGGACAAAGUCCGAAUCUGGCAACUCUACGGAGUCAGGGAAUCUGUGUCCCCCACAGCCAAACCUGAAGUAACCAAACCUGAUGACCACCCUGUCCUGCCAGAGCUGCCAGAGAACCGCUCCACGGUGCCGCUCAGGCGGGAUGUGCCCAACAGAUGCAACACUCACUUUGACGCGGUGGCCCAGAUCAGGGGAGAGGCUUUCUUCUUCAAAGGCAAGUACUUCUGGAGACUGACUCGCAAUAAGCACUUGGUCUCCCUCCAGCCGGCUCAGAUCCACCGUUUCUGGCGGGGUUUGCCUCUCAACCUGGACAGCCUGGACGCGGUCUAUGAGAGAACCAGCGACCACAAGAUCGUCUUCUUCAAAGGAGACAGAUACUGGGUCUUCAAGGACAAUAAUGUGGAGGAAGGAUACCCACGGCCCAUCUCGGACUUCGGGCUGCCCCCGGGAGGAGUCGACGCUGCUUUCUCCUGGGCCCACAAUGACAAGACUUAUUUCUUUAAGGACAAUCUCUACUGGUGCUACGAUGACCAUGAGCGGAGGAUGGAACCCGGCUACCCCUCAGAGAACAUCCUGUGGAAGGGAAUACCAAGCCCUUUAGAUGAUGCCAUGAGGUGGUCAGACGGUGCAAGUUACUUCUUCAGGGGCAAGGAGUACUGGAAAGUGCUGGACAGUGAGCUGGAGGCACAGCCCGGCUACCCCCAGUCCAUCGCCCGGGACUGGCUGGUGUGCAGGGACAUGCAGUCCGACUCCCCCGAGGCAGCCGGGAGCAGCAGGACUGGGGCACGAUCCAAACCGGGGCAGCACGAUGAGAGCCGCUCAGAAAACGGCUACGAGGUCUGUUCCUGCACCUCGGCUGCCCCCCGGCUCCGGGCCUGCCCCGAGCCCGGGCUGCAGGGCAGCCUCCUGCUGCCGGGGCUGUGGACAGCAGCGCUGCUCUGCGCAGCCCUAUGA